CCCACCAAUAACAAACUCUCACCAUUCACUACUCUUUUUUGAAACCGUUUACUUCCGCGGGUUCUCCUGAUCCAACGAGCCCAAUAAGAAACAAGUCAGUUGAUAUCUUAGAUCAGUUCAGUAAUGACGACGACUAUGGCGACUAUAUACAGAAGAGUUCUUCCAUCCCCUCCUGCUAUUGAUUUCGUUUCUUCUCAAGGAAAGAUAAUUUUUGUUAAUUGGAAGUUUAAAUACCCGAAUUGAAGCACAAUGUUUUCGUCGUUGGCGCACUGUUUCGAGGGGACCAAUGGAGGAAAAAUAGGUGAAAGGUUGGACUGGCAGGGGGAAUAUUCAAAACUGGGACUGCCAAUGGGCAAUGACGUCUACUAGGGAUUAUUACAGGCCAAUUUCCCUUUAAAAAUAACCAUGAACUACUAAAACAGAUUUAUGCUUUGUUUGGCCAAGACCAUGCUUUUACUAUAUUUUUGACAAAGUGGAUGUUUUUGGGGAAGACUGUUUGUAAAAAUGGUAGCUUUAUUGUUUCUCAUUGUGUUUGUACUAGAAUCCUGAGUUCCUGACCCAACUUUAGCUUCUUUCACUCUUUAAUUGCCAAAUCAGAGAGACCGCACUCAUCGCAGAGUGGUUUAACAACGAUUUCAAGUUGGUGUCGGGGUUAGGUACCCUGUUUUCUGGCUUACAUUGAAACCUAAAACCCACCAUAUAUAUUAUAUACAAAACAUUCUUCAAAAACAUCCACUUUUAAAAACUUCUGCCUUUUGCAACUCAUCUAUAUACGUAUCCGGAUUUUGCAGCAAUUGUUCAUGGAAGCCACUCAAGGUGGAACAAUGGAAGGCUUCUUUAAGUUAAUCUCUUACUUUCAGACACAAUCAGAACCCGCUUAUUGUGGAUUGGCUACCCUUGCAAUGGUCUUGAAUGCUCUUUCUAUUGAUCCUGGUAGAAAAUGGAAAGGUCCCUGGAGGUGGUUUGAUGAAUCUAUGCUGGAUUGUUGUGAGCCUUUGGAAACGGUUAAAGCCAAAGGCAUUUCUUUUGGGAAAGUUGUUUGUUUGGCUCAUUGUGCUGGAGCAAAAGUUGAGGCUUUUCGCACAAAUCAAACUAGCAUCGAUGAAUUUCGCAAGCAUGUUGUAGCCUGCUCUAGUUCUGAUGACUGUCAUGUCAUUGCUUCGUAUAACAGAGCCACUUUCAAACAGACGGGUGCUGGCCACUUUUCGCCUAUCGGUGGUUAUCAUGCGGGAAGAGAUAUGGUAUUAAUAUUAGAUGUUGCGCGUUUUAAAUAUCCUCCUCACUGGGUGCCACUUAAAUUACUUUGGGAAGCCAUGGAUACUGUGGAUCAAGCUAGUGGAUAUCACAGAGGUUUUAUGCUGGUAUCCAGGCUUCAACGACCACCAGCAUUACUAUAUACCCUGAGUUGUAAGCAUGAGAGUUGGGUUAAUAUCGCAAAGUACUUGACUGAGGAUGUUCCGGAGUUAUUGAGUUCUAAGAAUGUGAAGGACGUGAAAGAUGUUCUCUCCAUUGUUUUUAGUUCUUUGCCAUCCAAGUUUCUUGAAUUUAUUACGUGGGUUCCGGAAGUUCGAAGAACAGAAGAGGGUGAUCAAAGUUUAACUCCAGAAGAGCAAGAAAGGCUUUCCAUCAAGGGGGAGAUACUGAAACAGGUUCAGGAGACUGAACUAUACAAGUACGUCGCAGAUUUUCUCGACUCUCCAUGUUCGGGUCAAGAAGCCAGUUUGACCGAGAUUGCAGCAAGUGUGUGUUGUCAGGGAGCAGGAUUUUUAAAAGGAAACAGUGAAUCGUCUGACGGAUUUUGCUGCGGGGAAACACAAGUACAUUGCAUAAAAAACAAUGGAGCCAUGCCACAUGUUACGAUAGUCUCGGGGACUGUGACCAAUGGCAUCGGUGAACAACAUGUGGAUAUGUUGGUCCCUUCGUUAACUAAUCGCAUUGGGUUGCACCCAGCUAGCAGUGAUGUUCUCAUAGCACUUUUACUGGCGUUACCACCGCAAAUUUGGUCCGGUAUCAAAGAUGAUACCCUGUUGCGGGAAAUUGAUACCCUUGUUUCUAUGGAUAACCUUCCUACUUUGCUUCAAGAAGAGGUUAUGCACUUGCGUAGUCAGCUCUACAUUCUCAAGCGAUGCAAAGAUAAUGAAUUAGAGAAAGAUCUUUCUGCACCCUUAUAGCAUCCUAAUACCGUCUGGACCUCCAUACUUCUUGUUACAACUUCAAACGCUUUCUCCUACUAAAAAGGGCAGAAUAACACAAUGUUACAACUUACAACAAUUGCUAUGUAUGUAUCUGCAUCUAUUCCCGUCUGUCUUUUAGGUCAAUUAUCAAGUAAGAAACGAUGUAUUCAGGAGAUCAAAACCGGUUCUUGACAAGUCAAGAUUGUUAUCACCGGGCCAACAACUUGCUGAGAGGUCUGAAACGCCAGAUCGGCUUUUGGGUGGGAUCAGGCACAUUAUUUAUUACAUGGCCUAAACGAAUUGCUUAUACAUCAUACAUGGGUUCAAGAUCUAUAUUUUCUUCUAAUUAUUUAUCUCAUUAAGGAAGUUAUAGGAUUUGUUUUACUGUAAUGCUACCAGGCUAUGAUCGUAGCUGUUUAGCGCCAACAUGCAAUAAGGAAACACACAAACUGUUUGUACUU